AUGUUCGGACUCUCUGUUUACAUCCGGGAAACUUACUUGUCAAACAAAAUGGCCGACGAAGAAACGACAGACCGCGAAGAUGCAAGUAAUUUGUCUGGAAAUAAUAUCUUUGAAAUUCUUCAAAAGCAGUCAAAACUUGAUGUGUCUAUGCCGCAGGUAUGUGUUAAACUUGAAGACAUAGCUGACAUAAACGGAAAAGGAAAGAAAGAUCAAUUUUUAUUUCGUAACCUACCAGGACUGCAUGCGGCACACGCUGUUGAUACGAUGUGUGUUUCAUCAGACAACAAAUAUGAUUCAAAUGUGAGUGAAGAUUCGUGUUCGUCCUUUGAAACAAGACGACCACACUUAACAGUGUCACAGCAAGGCGGUCCGAUUCCCGAUCCAUGCAUCAGUCCCGACACUGGUAAAAGAAAACGCAUACAGCAUGAUUACAGACGUCUGUCAAAUUCUGGAUAUCUUGAUGAUUAUGUUUGUCGUGAAGGGAGGUUUUCAGCAACAAGUGAUUCAGAUGUUGGAAUCUCUCCAUCACCUCCUAAGGUCAAAGUUAAACCAGUCGUAAAUGGGACACCGACAGGAUCAGGUAAAGUUUCUUCUCCUGUGAAGAAAGAGAUCCCUGUAACCAAUGGAGGGCAAGACUUUAAGGACAGUCCGGUCAAAGUGGAACCACCUGCAGAGACCCCAGACAAGAAGAACCACCACUCUCACCCUAAACACCACAAGCACCACAAACAUAAGCACCACAGUGAAAAAAGACACCACCCAGAUCUGUACAGCCACAACAGAGACCAGGGGGCAUCCCCAGGGAAAAACCUCAAAAGUGAAAUUACAGAAUCUCCCCAGAAGACUUAUGUACUAAGUCGUGAUGAUGUCACAAAUACAAUCAGGAUAUCGUCCAGUAAGAAACGGAUCGUUAAUAAUUGUGGGGUGCAGGUGAACCUUAAGCGGAGAACUGAAAACAAAUAUGUGCAGGUGAAUUUGUCAAAAAGGCAUGAAUCAGCCGGGGUUCAGACCACAGAGAGAGUGAGUGUGAAUGGACAUAGCAUCAAGCCUACGGCAAUCACUGGUCCAAGGGUCUCCAGGGGUGUCCAAACUCAGGCAUCACAAAGUCUGGAAACAAAAACGCAAAAAUCAGCUGAAACUCAUCCAGAAACUAAACCACAAAAAACAGCUGAAACUUGUCCUGGAGUGUCAGAAGUAAAAGAGGAACAUAAAAAAACUGAGAUUUCAAGGGAUUCCAAAAUUAUGAAAGCUCCUUCAGGCAAGGUUUCGGAAGUCAAAGGAGAGCACAGAAGGACUGAAAAAUUGAUGGAUUCUAAAUUUGUCCCACAUAGCAAGGACCUAUCAAUUAUCAAAGAUAGCCCUUUGGUGAAAUCAAAAUAUAAGAAUCUUAUGCAUUUGGAGCAGUAUCCAAAUGGUGGUGCAUUGGUUCUUCACGCGUAUCAGAAUGAGAUAUCCAGACUGUCACCUGAUCAGAUGGAGGAAUUUGUGAGGGAUUUCUUUGACUUUGUGUAUGGGGAGACCACAGAGGGAGUGUCUCACUGUGUUAUGGGUAUUGUUCAUGAUGCUUUAGCUAACAUGCCAGAUUUCAUUGAUUACUUUGCAGAAAAUCAUCCAGAAAUCACUGUCAAAGCAGGUGUUCUGGGAAAAUCAGACAUAGAGACAAUGACCAUGUCAAAAUAUCAGGAACAAAUGGUAAAGUCCUAUAUGAAUGGUACUUUUCGAUGUGGCCCACUUUUACAGAUCAGUUUAGUGGGGACAGUGCAUGAGGAGGUUGGAGGGUACUUCCCAGCUUUUUUAGACAUUCUGGAAGCUGACCCCUUUCUGAAGGUUGUCAUGCCCUGGGGGAAUCGUUCAGUGGUCCCAGACAUGCCCAGGAACCGCAGUAAUGACGGCCCCAUUCUGUGGGCUAGGCCAGGAGAACAAAUGGUACCCACUGCUGAUAUGCCAAAGUCACCGUUCAAACGUAAAAGAGGACUAAACGAGUUAAAGAAUCUCUCCUAUCUCCCAAGAGCCUCGGAACCGAGGGAAAAUCUGGUAGAGGAUCGAACCAGGUGCCAUGCUGACCAUGUGGGACACGGAUUUGACCGGAUGACCACUGCGGCUGUAGGGAUGCUGAAGGCAGUCAAAACCAGAGAAGAAGGCAGCUGUGAUUCCCGCGUUGUUAAGGAUGUGAUUUGCUUUCAUUCAGGAGACUUUGUACAGCUUGUGGACAAAUUACAGUUAGAUCUUCAUGAGCCACCUGUGUCACAGUGUGUGGCAUGGGUGGAGGAUGCUAAAUUAAACCAGCUACGCAGGGAUGGAGUUCGCUAUGCAAGGAUCCAGCUUAGGGACAAUGACAUUUACUUCAUUCCCCGUAAUGUUGUGCAUCAGUUUAAGACUGUGUCGGCUGUCACCAGUAUCGCGUGGCACUGUCGACUCAGUCACUACUAUCCAGAUCUGCCUAAGGAAGAAGAGAUGUCAGAAGAAACAAGCACCAAACCAACAGGAUCAGAGGACAAAGCCAAGAGUGUCCCAACAGAAACAGUACACUCGCAAAAAAAUCAUUCAACAAACACUCUGGAAAAGAAGGAGAGGAUUCAUUCAUCCCACAGUCUGGAAAAGAGGGAAAAGACAGGGAACCAUGUGACUCAUGUGAAAAAAGACAAGGGCCAUUCUUCUGGGACUCCAGAUAAGAGAGACAAACUUCCUUCCAUAGGCACUUCUGGUACCUCAACUGGUACCCCAGAUAAGAGAGACAAAGUUCCUUCCACUGGCACUUCUGGUACCCCAGACAAAAGAGACAAACUUCCUUCCACUGGUACCUCUGGGACCCCAGAUAAGCGAGAUAAAGUUCCCUCAAGUUGGACCCCUGAUAAGAGAGACAAAAUUCCCUCUACUGGCAGGUCUGGGACCCCAGAUAGCAGAGACAAGGUUCCCUCAACUGGAACUCCUAAGAAGAAGGACUCUCAUAAACAUCAAUGUACAGGAGAGAGGAGCUCCGAAAAAUCUCAUAAACACAGCAGUUUAACAGAAACUCCAGAGAAAUCCCACAAACACCACUCCAGUUCAUCCAGUCAUUCUGAGAAGUCCUUAAAGAGAUCCCAUGAAGGAAUAUCAGACAAGGAUGGAGAAGUUAAAAAGAAACAUGUUAAAGACACUAAAAAGGCACUGAAACAUAUAAGUCUCACAGAAAAACUUCAUAAACAUUCUGUUUCCAAGUCUAGUCCCUCAAAAAGUCACCAUCAUAGAGAAAAUUCCAAAGAAAAAUCGUCCAAGCAUCACUCCGAUUCACCAAAGCGGGAACACAGUGACAAGUCCAGAAAGCAUCAUUCUAGCUCUUCAAGUAAAGACAGCAGGGACAAAACACCUGUAAAGAGACCUAUUUCUUCUGUGGAUGGUUCUGGAGAUUCCACUCCUGUGAAAAUGUCCAAAACAGAAUGGCAGCAUAAUUCUGAAAAGACCCCAACAAAAUUCCCAAUAUCUUAUUCAAGUUCUGGAGGUGGAAAGGAUGGAAGUCAUCACCAAGCAACACCUGAUAAACACAGUCAUACCUCAAGUCAGUUGGAGAAAGCUCACCCCAAACAGACAUUUAACACCGUGAGAGACAAUGUUGUUACCAAAGAAACUGUGAGUGAGAACAUGGUUACAAAUGAACCUCAAGGUGCAGAACACAAGGUGAAAAGUGAAUUUGAGUUAAAGUUACAUCAGGAAGGAAUAAAAUAUGAUGUUCAAUCUCCUAGCAGGAAAUCUGAGGAAGAAAAAAUCAACAUGGCCUGUGUUAAAAAUGAGAAUUCUCUUCAUCGGGGUGAAAGUACUGCUUCACACAGUGAAAAGAUGGAUGCCACAGAAAAACAAGAUGACAAAGAAGUACCAGACAAGGACAAGCCUGAGGAACAGAAGCUUACAGAGAAUCCAGCUAAUACUGAUUCCUGUCCAGUUGUGACCGAGGAAAAUACCUCAUCUGAAAAAGAAGUAAAAGACUCCACUUUUUCCUCCACGUUCAUGGAUCUUCAGAGUAGUGGCAAUGUGGAGAAUCCUUUAUCAAAGGAGUUGGUGGAAAAUCCACCUGUCCUGGAAAGCAGUGGAGAAGUAUAGCAGAUUCUGUACAGAGAGACACAUUGAAGGUUGUUCCUGGGUAUAUUUAUAACCUUUUUCUAUCUGUGUGUUCUUUCUUGUAAAGCUUUUCUCCCCUCAAGUUCUGACUCUCAAUUACCUUACAAGUUAUGUUUAACUGGAGGGAAAUCCACCUUUUCAUUCAUUCUCACUGUACAAAUGUAAAAAAAAAGACUGUUUAGUUUUAGUCAAGACUGAAAUGGUUUAUUUUAGUCUACUUACCAAAAUCAUUAUGGAAAAUGUGAUUAUUUAUAAAUGUGUUACAUCUUAUGAUCCUGGGUUUUUUUUAAAUCCAUAGUUAAAUAUUGCCAUGUAAAGAUAAAAGGAAAAAAAAUAACAUUUGUAAUUUUUCAGUCAAAAAUUGCAUAAGUACAUUUCAGGUUACUCUUGAUUUCUACAUUUGUACAUAGCCAUGUUAGAAUGUAAGAAAAAAAAAACUGCUUUAAUUUACAUUUUAUCAAUGAUUUUAAAAUUUGAUUUUUUUUUUACACAAAGGCAGCUACCUUCUCAUAGUAAAUUGUUUUAAUUGCAAGACUUCUAUUCUAAAAGAUAGAUGUUUAUAUUAUAAUCAUGUACACUAUUUUCUGUCAAGGUCUCUCUACAAUUGAAAUGGACUUCAUAAAAGCAAUUUUAUUUGUUUAUAUGUCACAAAUUAAUAUGAUUAUACCAUGUGUAUUUCAUUUCUCUCAAGUUGUGUGUAUUCAGCAUGUUAAAUCUAAAUCAGUCCAACAUUAUAAGGUCUAGGUGAAUCAGUUUCUGUCCGAAAAGUGAUUAGCAUGUACAAGGUUUACUGUUAUAUUGACCAUGUUGACAGUUAUUUUAAAAUCUGGAUACUAAUCAUGCUUAUGACAUUGUACUGUAAACCAACAAUAACUCAUGUCAUCUUUCAUUCGCUAUUUAUUAUUAUUUCCAAUUUGUUAGUUAGAAAUAGAUAUGUGACAAUUAAUUUUUGCGACUUAGGAAAUAUUUUCUAUAAAACGUACAAAAUAAAUGGUUCACAUCAAUGAAUAUUCGCAAAUUCAAGUAGGGUUCAAAACUUGCUGAUAUAUAUCACAGGGGAAUGAAAGUUGGUUUACAGUAUUUUUCCAGUGAAAUCAUGCAAAUUUAAAUAUAUUUAUGAUGUCAUUUCACUAAUUAUGAAAGAUUACAAAGAUCUCUCUAUAUGUUAUUUGUUUACUUAUGUAAUUUGUUUACUAAAGGAAUGAUAUGAUAAGAAUGUCUUCUGUUUAAAAUCUAAAAUUAAUUUAAAAACACAACUUUUAUAAGCUCCAAGAAAAAGAACAGGUUUAAUGUACAUAUUUGAAAACAUAAUUUCCUUUGCACUGUUCUAUUAAACAAGCUAAAAUGUAUAUAAAUAGUAUAUAGGUUUUUGUCUCAAAUAUUUUUUUUUCUUUUGAGAUCAUGAAGUGCUACUU